AUGUUGGCAUCACGGGCACUCCUCGCCAAGCAGGCCGCAGCCAUGCUGGUGCGCCAACCCGCCUGCCUGAUGCAUCAUGGGGGAGACUGGGGCAACUGGGGCAACACCAACAUCGCUGUGGUUUUCUCAGGCUGCGGUUGGUGGGAUGGAACUGACAUCCAUGAGGCUGCGUACACCAUGUACCACUUGAGCCGUAAUGGAGCCCGUUUUCAGAUCUUUGCCCCAAACCAGCAGCAAAUGCACGUCAUGGACCACAUGAAGAUGCAGCCAUCAUCAAGUGACAACAGGAACAUGAUGAUGGAGUCUGCGCGAUUCAGCCAUGGUCAGGGCAUGAUGCAGAUGAACGAUCUGUCUAAACUGGACGUCAGCAGCUUUGACGCCGUCAUCUUCCCUGGAGGCCACGGAGUAGUCAAGAACCUGUCCACCUUCAGCAAGGACGGCAAAGACUGCAAGCUGAACAAUGAUGUGGAAAGAAUUAUGAAGGACUUCCACCGCGCUCGCAAGCCCAUUGGUCUUUCCAGCAUGGCUCCUCUCCUGGCGUGCCGAGUGCUGCCCAAUCUGGAAGUCACGAUGGGUUACGAGCGUGACGAGAGCAGCCGCUGGGGCCGCUGGCCCAACACCACCAUGGUGCAGGCGGUCAAGAGCAUGGGGGCCCGUCACAACACCCGUGAACCUUACGAGGCCUAUGUGGAUGAGAAAAACAAGGUGAUCAGCACUCCAACCUUCAUGUGGGAGACUGACUAUCACUACCAUUACAUCUUUGAUGGCAUCGGGAACAUGGUCAAGCACGUCAUGCGCAUGACUGCCAAGUGAUUCCUGUGAGAUGCAAGACACCAGAAGGCUUUCACACUUAACUUUAGGUUGACCCGAAUCCGCUAUUAUGUGGACAUAGAGAGCAAAUAAAGGAAAGCAUACAAUGCAACUCCUGUGUUGUACUAUGUAUCAUAUAGCAUAGACUUUGUCUCCCACUCUACAUGUAAACAAACCAUAUACUUAUUUUUGAAGUAAUGAAUAAAUAAUUGAAAAGUUAAUAUUUUGACAGCAA